AUUAAAUGAAAUAAUCUCAAUAAGUCAAUCUAAUUGAUUUUAUCAUAGGCAUUUCAGUUGAAAUAUUAAACGAGGGAGGUAUAAAUUGAAAUUAAUUGUGGCCCAUCCGCAUACAGUGAAGAAUUGUUAAAAAAAAUUACAUCAUGAAAGGUCUUGCAUUAGUUCUUCUCUGCGUUGCUUUUGCGCACGCAAAUUCUUCUUGCUCACCCAAUGAACACAAGUUGGUACCCCAUGAAAAGUGCAACCAAUUCUACAUGUGCAUUGGUGGUAUGAAAAUUGAACUUUACUGCGCACAGGGUCUUAUGUUUAACCCUGAACUUGAAGUAUGUGACUGGCAUCAACACGUAGACUGCAGUGACAGAAUUGUACCUGAGAAAGUUGAUGGCGGAAAUCAUAAUGAAAAUAAUGAUCCACAACAACCAGGAGGACACCACUACGACGACCCCAGCCAGGCUCCUGCUAUUUGCGCCGCUGAAGAUUCAGAUGGAAUUUUGGUUGCCCAUGAACGUUGCGAUCAAUUCUACAAAUGUUUCGGAGGACAGCCCGUUGCUAUGGGAUGCCCUGUGAACCUUCUGUACAACCCAGAACAAGAAUAUUGUGACUGGCCAUCUAACGUAAACUGCGGUAACCGUGUUUAAUGUAUUGACAACUUAAAGUAAUCAUUUGAGCCCCAUUCUUCCAAUAUUUCUUGAAACAAUAACAAGGAUUGAUGUAAAGAUGAUUCUAGACGUUUUUUGGUUCAUUAGCAACUAAAUCUGCGACUUUAUCGUCCAUACAUGGCCAUAACAAAAGUGUUUGUCUUGCAUGGUAGUGUUUGCAAUAUUAGCGGCCACAUAAUGAAGUACCAUCUGGUUCUCCAGAACUUACCAUACCUUAAAGACAUAUUAUUUAAUACUGUUUAAUGACACCGUUGUAUAAUAUUUAUCGUUUGCAUUUCUUACCAUUGAUGUUAAUAAAGUAUUAAAAA